GGCUGCGGCCGGUUCAUCGGGCAGCAGACCACUGCCGUACCCACCCGCGCGUCCCUCCCCCUCUCACUCCGCUGCCGCCAACCAUCGGUCCAGGCUGGGCACGUGGAUACCGUCCUUGCUCUUUUUCCCCCCCCUUUCCCCCCGACUCGUGCAUGCAGGCGGGGUACGUAGAUGUGGAUGCGCAGUACAACCGCUAAACCCCUCUCCCACCCCUCGUCCUUCCUUGCCUCGACCUCACCCCUGCCCCCCCCCUUCCUGCCUGCACGUGUGCACUCUGCCGUCGUUCCGCCAGGCGGGGUACGUGGAUGUGGAUGCGCAGUACAACCGCUCGUCACACGCCAUGCCUGCCCCGCACCCGCCAUACCCCCAUGGUGAAGGGCCGGCGGGGGAGAGGGGCGGUGGCGGGGGGAGUGGAGGGUCGUCGCCGCACCAUCCUUCUUACAGAGGGGGAGGAGGAGGGGGAGGGGGAGGGGGGGAUUACCGCGGGCAUUACUCCCACUCGCAGCGGUAG